GAGAACUGCUGAGAAUUUCUUGUUGAUGGCGAUCCGUGGGCUGGACUCGCCGGUUUUAGGACGGUUUUCUGCUUGAUCUGCUUACCCGGUUGGCAUUCUGUGCAGCAUGGAUCACAAAAUCCUUCUUCUCUUCUCCAUCUUUACCUUCGUUCUAUUUUACAACCCUACAAACAGCAAUGCGGUGCAGCUUAACGCCCUCAACAUUGAUUCUAUCUUAGCUACCAAUGAGUUGGUCAUGAUAAAUUUUUACGCCGAUUGGUGCCGCUUCAGCAACAUGCUGUCGCCUAUUUGGGAUGAGGCAGCCGCCCUGAUAGCCAAGGAGUUCCCAGAACCGGGUAGAGUACUGUUGGCCAAGGUGGACUGCGAUGCCGAGGGUAGCAUCGCCACCCGCUUCCACAUAACCAAGUAUCCCACCCUGAAGAUCUUACGCAACGGACAGGUCACCAAGCGCGAGUACCGAGGUCAGAGGUCGGCAGAGGCGCUGCUCACCUUUGUCAAGAAGCAGCUUGAGGACCCUGUCAAAGAGCUUAAAGCUGAAGAUAAAAUUGAGCCUUCUUCUAGGUCAGUUGUUGGAACCUUUGCCUCUCGACUGACGCCCGAAUAUGACGUCUAUCGUAAAGCAGCCACCGCUCUCAAGGAUGAUUGCACGUUUUACAUUAAAGUCGACGCUGUGGACCAUAAUUUAGAGGCUAGAGGAGUUUUGACGGAAUUACCUCCUAGUGGAGUACCACCACCGAGCGUCGAGUUUGUUCACAACAAUGAGCGUUUACCCUACUCAAGUGACUUCACCAUGUCAGCGCUGACGCAGUUCCUGCAGCCCCUUUGCAUACCUAUUGUUCGUGAGAUCACCUUUGAGAACGCUGAGGAACUCUCUGAAGAAGGACUGCCUUUCCUCAUCCUCUUCCACAGGCCGUCUGACACCAAGUCCAAGCAGGAAUACAACAAUUUGGUCAACAGGGAAUUGAGAGAGGAAAAACAAAAUGUGAACUUCCUGACUGCUGACGGUGAGAAAUUCUCGCACCCACUGCACCACCUGGGCAAGACGGUGAACGACCUGCCGCUGCUGGCCAUCGACUCGUUCCGGCACAUGUACCUGUUCCCCAGGUAUGAGGACUCUCACAUCCCAGGCAAGGUGCUGCAGUUCCUGAAAGACCUCUACUCUGGCAAGCUGCACCGCGAGUUCCACUACGGACCUGAUUCAACGCAGCACCCGGCCAUCGAUGGCGCCGCCCAGGUGAUCAUCACUGCGCCGCCCGAGUCGACGUUCAAGAAACUUGCCCCCUCCAGCAACAGGUACACGCUGCUGCACAAGGACGAACUGUGAACACGCCAAAUCCGCCGACUGUUUCUGAGACAUCACCUGCUCACUUGAGUCAACCUUAGUAUUGCAUAAAAAUGCCCAUUUCCUCGAUCACGCUAUUAAAAUGAAAUUUUUCUUUCUCUUCUUUUACACGGGGUUGUGUGUAAUUAUUUGAAACCAAUCGCGAGUUCUUGGCUCUAAACCGGUGAGUACUCUCUCAAGUUGAAACUUGAAAGCAACCAUUACUCACUUACUCUCUGAGACAAAGUUUUUAAGUUGUUGAAAUUUUAUCUUGUCCUAUGCAAAAGUGACUUGUUUUUGAGUGGCAGAACGUGUGUAUGAGCAUCGAGUGCGUGACCUCUUAAUUCAUAAGAAAAACCAGCAUUCCUCCCUUGUGCAAAAAUGAAAUUUGAAAGCAGUAAUAAUUGUUGCUAUUUAAAUGUUAGGAUAAGUGAUUGUGCGCAAGAUAAGUCCAUAGUGUGUUUCGUUUUGAUUGCAACUACUUGAGUCAUGCAAUAAAAUUGAAUUAAAAUCAAAA